AUGGAGUGCUGUCUUAUAUUUUCGAUGCCAAUGAAACUUACUGACUAUGAAAAGGUGCUAACUGUCCCAUUUUGGAAAUUAACAACUCAUGUUUUGGUUCAGGUAGUGGAAGCAUCGGUGAGUAGGAACCGCAGUACGAUCAUUGUUCCAGCAGGAAGUGCCCGGGAUGAAGGAUGGGCUGCUUUCCGCAACAUUUUAGCUGAGGUCAAUGAGGCUUCUAGGCUUUUUAUCCUACCUAAUCAGCAAAAUUCUGAACCUUCAGAACGCCUCGUGGGUCUUUCUGACGAUGUAGGUGCGGGAUUCAUAUCUGGUCAUAGUACUCAACCUGCUUCAACAUCUGAAUUAAAUGUAGAACGGUCAGUUGAAUUACCUUCGCAGGAAGAACUUGGUAGCCUAGGGGUUUCAAAGGUAAUCAGAACUGAUCAGAAGAGAUUCUUCUUUGAUCUUGGGAGUAACAACAGGGGUCACUUCUUGAGAAUAUCUGAGGUGGCAGGUGCCGAUCGCUCCUCCAUCAUUCUCCCUUUAUCUGGGCUGAAACAAUUCCAUGAAAUGAUUGGUCAUUUUGUGGAGAUCACAAAAGAUCGACUUGAAGGGAUGACAGGUGCGAAUGUCCGGACAGUGGAGCCACCGCAUAGAGGAAUCUGAUGAUUUGGGGUGGUGAACCAAGCUCAAGAGUGUUGCAAAUGUUAGAUCUAUUAUUCUAUCCAUUUGAAUAGGGGUGUGCAUAAUGUUGGUCUUAUUUCUUUAAUUCUCUUAUUCAAGUCUAAAAAUAAUUCAGUAUCUCUGGGUCGUGAUCUCUUGGAAGGGAAAUGGGGGCUGUUUGUCAAGCUUAUUUCCAAUCAAGUAAUAAUGGAAAAACCCCUGUAUUGAUUCAUAACAUUUGCAUUCAUUUUUAGUGAAACGACCUACUUUAAUGCAAGACCA